AUAGAGAGAGAGAAAGAAGAGAUAGGAGAGAGAGAGAGUCUUUGUUUAAUCCUUUUUUACUUUCAUACGGACAGAACUAGAAGCAUUUUGUUCAGACAAAGCCGAAGUGAGAAGGGGAAAGAAAAGCUUUUCACUUUAGUUUUUCAUAGAAUAGAAUCUGCAAAAACCAAAUCAGAGAGACUUAAAUUCUAGGGAUGAGCAGAGCAGAGGAGAGAGAAGGCUAAAACCGUCCAUGGCGGCGUUGCAGAAAUUUAUAGAGAAAAAUUAAAGAUUCAUAAUUAAGCAAAGACAGCUUAAAUUCUUCUUUCUUCCCUUUCUUUUGUUUCUUCUUCUUCUUCUUCUUCUUACUUUCUCUCACUUCAACUACUCAUUACCAAGAAACACACUUUGUUGUUCUAAGAGCGGGAGAGUGAGAUCUUGGCAAGCAUUUGAGUUUGGAUUCGAAGAGCAAAGACACCCACGAGUGAUAGAAAGGCUAAAUUUUAGUGAGAAGAAGGAGAGAAAAAAAAAGGAUAAGGAUUUCAUGGUAAUUAGGGUUUCUGAAUUAUGGAUAUUGUUGGAUCAAGAUUAGGGUUUGAAGUGUUAGGUCUUAGGAAAUGGCUGGGAUAUUCUCAUUAGGAGGUAACAACAACAAUAACAACGGAGAAGAAGAAGAAGAGAAUCAACAACAACAGAAGACAAACUGGAUUUGGUAUAGACCAAACGCAAACACAAAUAAUAUCAACCCAAGCUCGAGCCAACAGAUAUGGCAGAUUCCACCAGAGCAGAUGCUCAUGCAUCAUCAUCCACAACAACAACAACAACAAAGCUUAGAUCUUUAUCCAGGUCAUCAGAUCGACGUCUCUGAUUUAGCCACCUCAUCAAGAUCUAUCACCAUAAGCUGUCGGGACUGUGGGAACCAAGCAAAGAAAGACUGCACUCACAUGCGUUGCAGGACUUGCUGUAAGAGCCGCGGAUUCGAUUGUUCUACACACGUGAGGAGCACUUGGAUACCCGUUGCCAGACGCCGUGAGAGACAACAGCAGCUUCAUAUGUCCACAUCUGGAGGUGGUGGCGGAAGCGGUAGUGGCGGUACAGGCGGCGGUUCGAGUAUCCCUAAACGCCAUAGGGAUACUACUCUACCGGGAACAUCUUCCUCCUCUCGCUUACCAUCCGACUCAGCAGGGUUAGAAAUGGGGGAAGCAAGUUUUCCAGGGGAGGUGAGCUCAGAUGCGCUUUUUCGGUGUGUUAAAAUGAGUGGCGUAGACGAUGGGGAUGGUCAAUACGCUUAUCAAACGACAGUCAAUAUCGGAGGUCACCUCUUCAAAGGAAUUUUGUAUGACCAAGGCCCUGAAAGCAGCUACAUGAGUGCGGGUAGUGGGGGAAGUGAUCAUCAAAGCUCAUCCGCAGGAGGAGGAAACCCGUUUAAUCCUCCCAUUGUGGCCGACGGUAGCGGAGGAGUUUCAUCGGCAAUGUUUGUAGAUCCUAAUUCUGGUGGAUACUAUUCAAGUAAUAUGACGACUAGUGUGUUCAUGCCACCAGGUACGCAAUUCUAUCAAAAUCCACCAAGAUCUUAGAUCUUGAUUAAAUCAAGAACGCGAGUUUUUCUUUUUGUUUUGUUCCAUAUUGAUUCUAUAAAUGUAACGUGUGUUUUGUUUUAUUGUUCUGAUGAUCUAUAUGUAAUACUUAUGAGACGGUUUUGCAAAUCGGAUAAACAAUUGUGUGCUGUUUGUUGUUAUGUAUAAUGGAUGUGUUAAUUUACUAUUUAAAUUGUACGGUGCUGAAUCUUUAUUAUAGUUUUUAGUAUUUGUGGGUAAUAUAAACACGUAAGUUUUUUUGGUUCUCGAUACGUUUUUUUUUCCAUGUUUAUGCCGAUGUUGCCGGUUGCUUCUCCCAUUGGAUAAACUCGAGAAAUUCUUGUGUUAUAAUAUUUGGAUAAACUAUUACUAUUUUUUAUAAGGUCCAGUGAAGUCUACACGAUUUAAAUAUUCAGAACUAUAUCUUCUUCAUAUAGCAUCACCUAUUUUAUAUUGUUACUGUAAAGUGAAUUAAUCUUUAUAGAUAGAU